AUGACCAGCACCACAGACGACUUCAUGGAGAUCUUGAUAAAGACCCGAAUGAAGGAGCAAAAGGACAAGAAAAGGUACCGUCUCGUCGUACCAUCAAGCGAAGAUGAGCAAGGAAGUAGCAUCGAAAGUAUUGCCGAAACUGAGGAAGAGCUCAGCCCUGAGGAGGUUGUCAUUAUUGUAGAACUUGACCCAGAGCUGAACCCGGAUUUUGCGCUCCUCAUGGUGCUGCUUCGCCAAAGAGCUGACGAUCUACAUGUGUACUUCAACUCCAAAUGGAGGAUGCAUAUUGUUACGAUUUCAAACGAGAACUUCGAUCCGCGGAUCCAUAGGCUUUGUCUGCCGCAUCAGGGAUCAAGCCACUGGUGCUUCCCACGGUAUAACACGUAUAUACUGGAGUGGUUUCGUCAUGGCACCGUCGUGGACACAUCGCUAAAGACGCUGGUGGCGUCGUCCAGCGGGAGGAUUAGCACCAUGAUGAUUCGAACAGAAAAUGAGACGAAUGAUAUCACAGGUCUAGUUGAAGAGAGUAUCCUCAAUAACGAUACCAAUCGUGUUUUAGUUAUAUGCUUCCAGCCAUGGGCUCGCAUUAAAGAACUCCUUCAUUCGCUAAAAGGCCAUGAACAGGCGAUCGACUUUUAUUAUUAUACGGAAGAGGAAGAGUGCAAGCACGAGGCAGCCUCAAUCGUGAAAGAAAUUCUCGAACGGACCAACCCCCCGCAGACAAGGAAUGGCUCCAAGCUUGUAGUUGUCUUAUUUUUGAUGAAUGGAGGCUCGAACGUCAUGAUGAAGGCCAUUGACAGCAUGUCUGGCUGGAGCACAAUCACCAUCCUGGGCAACCAGCAGACAAACCAGUUAUCAUGGGUCCGUCGCUGCGACACGAAGGGAAUAGUCAUCAUCACUGGAAAAGACCCUCGGAUGCUACGUGACAACUGGGGAAGCUUCACAAUGGAUGAUGGCGUCCGGAAAGUAUUGUUUCCGAAACCAGCGUUUGAGAAACGUCUCGUGAAAAUCGAAAAUGAUAAGAUGGCAGGUUUUUACUGCGCCGUCGUAGCACUUGACGCGAUCUUCGACAUCCACGCACCUACCGUCAUCCAUAUGAUCGGGUUAUGGGCCCAUGCAAGGAUUGCGACGGUCGAAAGCCUAAGGUAUCAAGGGAUAUUAGGCGAGUCGCCUGGGACGGGCUCCGAACCCAUGCGAUUACGACUUGAAGCACUGGCAGAGAAUGAUCAGCAGUCUCACAUGCUCUUCUUACGUCUCCUGAUGGCUUUCGAGUACGACCAUAAGCUGGCAUUGAUGGUUUAUAACUCACUCAAUGGCGACCAGGAUACUCGGGUCCUCACUAUCCUCGUCGCUUGCACACUCAAGCUAGGACUCGAAGAGCUGAUUAAGACCGAACAGAUUCUGAAGGUAACUCAAACAGAUGGCGGUCUCGAGACACUUUUGAAAAUGUGCACGGGACCAUUCCGAAAGCUCGCCAAAACAGGAACACUGUGGCUUAAGCUCGCGCUGGUGCACAGGGCAGUGUGGGUGGAUGGGAAGUUGGGCUCGUAUUACGACAAUACGCCACUGCCCGAGUUCUUCGACUCCAUCGUUCAUUAA